AGCGAAUAAAACAAAUCAAACAAAUAAAAAAACGUUGCUGAAGUUUCCUUUUUAAAGUAAAACAACUCAACUUUAAAACAAUCAGAAAACUUUAAUAAUAUUUAUAACAAGAACCAGAUAAAACAAAAAAAAGGAUGGCAAAUCUACCACUAUUGUUGAGCUUAGCUAAUGAUCUUAGCCGCCUGUCUUUGAAUAGCUCACCAUUCUACGAGUCACCUUCGUACUAUGUGCGACAUCCAGGCUACUUGGCUUUGGUCAAUGCUGGCGACCAAACACAACCACUGCGUUUGCGUGACAAACAAACAUCAGGUCCCAUUUCCACCAUUGGCAAGGAUGGUUUCCAGGUAUGCAUGGAAGUACAACAAUUCAAGCCCAGCGAAUUGAGUGUUAAAGUAGUGGAUAACUGUGUCAUUGUGGAGGGCAAACAUGAGGAACGCGAAGAUGAUCAGGGUUACAUUGCCAGACACUUUGUACGUCGCUAUGCCUUACCCAAGGGCUAUGAUCCCAAUAAGGUUGUGUCCACACUUUCCUCGGAUGGUGUUUUAACCGUUACUGUUCCUAAGCCACAAAUUGAAGAAAACUCCAAUGAGCGGCAAAUUCAAAUCCAACAAGUCGGCCCUGCACACUUGAAUGUCAAGGAAAAUGUCAAUGAGGACAAGGAGAAGGAAGAUGGUGAUACAGAUAAGGCUCAAGCUAAAUUGUAAAAGUUAGCUGACACAAUUUAUUUCAGCUAAAAAUAUGUAUUCAGUUAAUAUUUCAUUUAUUGUCAUCAUCUUGACAUCUCAGAGAGUCCAAUAGUCUGUUUAAUUUUUAAGUUCUUUUUUUAUACAAUAUAAAUUUGUUAUCUACUAAAUAAAUGUAUGUAUAUUUAAUAAAAUAAAAUUAUAGUAUUCCAAAAUUUAAA